CGAAGACGGCCUCGAAUUGUUGGUGACUUGGCUGUUUUCUGUUUGGGAAGGGUUUUUUCUGUUUGGGAAAGAAUUUACCGAUUGUGACUCUUUAAAUAGAAGGUUUUCAUGGUUAGAUCAACCAGAUGUGAGUUGAAGUCGAUGGACAGCAGCAACGAAAACUGAUUUUUAAUUUGUUUUUAUCUGCGUGAGUUACCUUUGAGUUAAGAGAGAAGUGUCAUGCUUGUCGGUUCUGAACAACCAAAUUCUGCAAGUCAGCUUUCACAACUCAAGUUCACAAUCUUGAAGGCUACACUUAAGGAGCAGCCGGGAUGGUUCAGCAAAGGAGAUCCUUAUGUGAAACUUAUUGUUGAUGGCAAACAACCUUCAAAGAAAACAGAAGCUGUCCGUAAAACAUGGGAACCCAAGUGGGAUGAGGAGUUUACAGUCCUUGUCACACCAUACAGUCUUUUGGAACUGGAAGUCAGUAACAAAUUUUCACUGAAAAGUGAUGUACCUCUAGGAUCAGCAAAGAUUCUGUUAAAUGAUGUUCUACAUUCAAAUAACGGCAAAUUGCACAGGAGGCCUGCUGAUGGAGAUGUUCAGAGGCGACAUAGUCGACAGUCAUCAGGACGUCAGAGACCUGUUAGUACAGGAGCAUUAGCAACUACUACAACAGCAAACACUUCUCAGAAUUCAUCCCCUGCAGUGAGCAGCAGAAAUGGUGUUUCUGCAUCAACUCCCUCAGUUCCAAACCAACUUCAUCAUGGACCACCACCACCACCACCACCACCACUGCAAGCUGGAAGUAAUUCCAAUGCUGUACAGUCAAGACAGAGACAGGGAAAUGAGGAUCCACUUCCUCCUGGAUGGGAGCAGCGUGUUGAUCCUCAUAGCAGAAUAUACUACGUGGAUCACAAUACAAGGACAACUGCUUGGGAGAGACCUCAGCCUCUACCGUCAGGGUGGGAACGACGAACAGACUCUCGUGGAAGAACUUAUUAUGUAGAUCACAACACAAGAACAACCACAUGGCAACGACCAACAGCAGAAACUGUCAGAAACUUUGAAAAUUGGCAGAUGCAGAAUAGAGCUUUACUGAACACAGAAAGGCAGAAUUUCCAACAGAGAUUUCUUCUUCCAACAACCUGUGUACCUGAAGCAGAUCCUCUUGGACCCCUCCCAGCUGGCUGGGAGAAAAGAGUGGAACCCAAUGGACGAGUUUAUUUUGUCAACCAUAAUACAAGAGCUACUCAAUGGGAAGAUCCUCGCACUCAAGUUAUGGUUGGUUCAGACACACCACUCCCUAGUGGCUGGGAAAUGAGAUACACAAAUGAAGGAAUUCCUUACUUCGUGGACCACAACACUCGUACAACAACAUUUAGCGAUCCCAGAACAGGUGUUGCGCUCAGUAUUAAAGGUGCAGCUGGUGGUCCAGCUUAUGAAAGAAGCUUCAGAUGGAAACUUGGACAGUUCAGACAUCUUUGUCAGUCAAAUGCUCUUCCAAGUCAUAUUAAAAUCACAGUCAACAGAACCAACAUCUUUGAAGACUCAUUUCAGCAGGUGAUGCGGUAUCCUCCGCAUGAUUUGCGACGCAGGCUUUAUAUCAUCUUUAAAGGAGAAGAAGGGUUGGAUUAUGGUGGUGUCGCAAGGGAAUGGUUCUUCCUUCUUUCACAUGAAGUUCUUAACCCAAUGUACUGUUUAUUUGAAUAUGCCAACAAGAGCAACUACAGUCUUCAGAUCAACCCAGCAUCAUAUGUGAAUCCUGAUCACUUGCAGUACUUUAGGUUUAUUGGUCGUUUAAUAGCAAUGGCUCUUUAUCAUGGGAAAUUCAUUGACCGAGGAUUUACUCUUCCUUUCUACAAAAGAAUGUUAAAUAAAAAGCAAACCAUGAAAGACUUGGAAUCUAUUGAUCCUGAGUUUUACAACUCAUUAUUAUGGAUCAAGGAUAAUAACAUUGAAGAAUGUGGCCUGGACAUGGAAUUUGCAGUAGACAUGGAGCUACUCGGCAAAAUUACUUCACAUGACUUAAAGCCUAAUGGCUCCAAUAUAAAAGUCACAGAAGAAAACAAAGAGGAAUACUUGUCGCUUAUGACUCAGUGGCGGUUCAAUCGUGGAAUUGAGGAGCAAACCAAAGCUUUCUUAGAGGGAUUUAAUGAAGUUGUUCCUCUUUACUGGUUGCAGUACUUUGAUGAAAAAGAAAUGGAGUUGAUGCUUUGUGGAAUGCAAGAGAUUGAUGUUGAUGACUGGCAAGCAAACUCUGUGUAUCGUCAUUAUACCAGGAAUAGCAAACAAGUUACAUGGUUCUGGCAGGCUCUACGUUCUUUUGACAAUGAACAAAGAACUAGGUUGUUACAGUUUGUCACAGGCACAUGUCGUCUCCCUGUAGGAGGUUUUGCUGAGCUCAUGGGGAGCAAUGGACCACAAAAAUUUUGUAUAGAGAAGGUUGGGAAAGACACCUGGCUUCCACGCAGUCAUACGUGCUUUAACCGCCUGGAUUUGCCACCAUACAAGAGUUAUGAACAACUAGUUGAAAAGUUGACUUUUGCAAUUGAAGAAACUGAAGGUUUCGCUCAAGAGUAAUGCUGAUUAGAAGCUUUGUACAACAAUCAUUUUGUAUUCUAUUGGUUUAUUUUAACACUCAUUCAUCAUAACAUGCAAGUCUGGUUCAGUUAAAAAUGACACAACAGGAAGUAGUUGAACUUUUCUGAAAUUCAUUUAGUAUUAACAGUAAAUUUGGUAAAAUAGAGUGAUUAACUAUGUAGGGAGUAGCUCUUUCAACAACAAAAUGCUGACUCUGAUUCAUGCAGCUCUUGGUGGUUAAUUAAAGAUGUGAAUCAUCUCUCUUUUACAGUGCUCACUGCACCAAAAUGCAAAGGUAAGGAGAAGGUUAGAAAUUGGUUAUAUUUGCUCUUUUGGAUGUGCCUGAGAGGUUAAAAGUUUCAAUCAACCCUCAGUUUUUGAAGACUCUCUCUACUUAGAUGGCUAUUUAGUGGUCAAAUCCUCUUUGUAAUUGCCUUUGUUAAAUCUUGGCUCAUCUAACAAGGCAAAAAAUUGGUAGUGUGAAAGCUGCAGACAUAGAAUCUGUUUGAAUCAGGCAUAUUGUUUUUGAUAUGAUGAUAGUUAUCCUUCUUAAGGUUGCCCAAAAUAAUGGGUAAGUUUAAGUGGGACAAAGUAGAAUACCACCUUUCUUACAAGCCACCAUGUGUUGUGUGUUGCAUUUUCCUUGUCAGAGAACACUUUGUUUUUGUAGUGUGAUUACCUGGGCUGCCAUUUUUAACUGGACUUAAAGGCUUUUAAUAUAAAUACUAUAUUGGCCAUAUUUUUAACAACUAAAUGCUAGAUAUGGCCUAAAGGUGGCACCACUUGUGUGAAUAAAAAAGAGAUUAAAAUUAAGUAAAGUUUUGUGAGGGACGACUUCUGUAACAUUAAUUUGAGAGAUUGAAUUACAUGGACUUCUGGUGACUGAGAUACAAACAAUUGUUUUGACCAAAUUUACCCCAGUCAACUCUCCACAACUAUAUUUUGUAAAGUACUAGUAUCAAUUGCUGUAAUAAUUAAUUUGUAGUAUUAAAAUGCCAAGCGUUGUUGAGAUUUGUUUCAUGUGAAGAUGGAUAUGUUACCAUUCAAUGUAUUAUAUCACAGGUAACAUACCUUUAGUGGUUUAGGAUAAGGUUGAGGAAGGGGUGGGGGAGGGCUUGAUUUAUGAAAUUGUUCCAAUGAAGAUUUUAGCUUAGAUUUGUUUCACAGCAUGUGGCUGUUGUGUUGAUAUUUUUACAACACAAAGAAAACCUUCAAGUUGGGAGGGUUUCACAAAUAAAGCUCAUCCUGAUCUGUGAUGAGGGUCCCUCUGUCUCCCUUCCAUUACUUUGUCCUGAUAUACUUUCCAAAUGCAACUAAGACUUGUAAGAUGAUUAAAGCAACGAAUUAUUAUUAAAGGUAAAUUUCCUAAA